AAUAGCUAAUAUUUUUGCAAUAGAAUGGUGAAUGGAAUUUCUACUCGAAUUAGGCAUGCUAUUAUAAUUAGGAGUUACCUUACUUUGAACACAAUGAACAAUGUAAUUCCUAUGUAAAUAAAAAUUAAAUCUUGAAUGAAGAUGUGAAAUGGAAAAGAAACAUGAAAGAACAUGACAUACUAGCAAGUUUAACAUCUGGGGCAUAGCUACCAAAAAUUUAAUCCAGAAGAUUGAGAUGAACACAUGUACACGAGGAAAAAUAGAGAGAAAAGUGAAGAAAAGAGCAUAUUGAUAUGAACAAAUGAUUCAACCUUAUUGGACUUGUUCAUUAAUCUCUUCAUAUAUCAAAUAGAAUUUUACAUUUAAUGUUUUAAAAUGAUCAUGAGAGAGAAAUAACUAUAAUAUUUUGUUUAUUCUUUAGAGGAGUUAAGAUACAAAGGUGGGGUCAAAGCUCCUAAAAGACCAAAACCUACAAACAUGGGAAAUGAACUACGGCUGUAUCCGCCGAAGCCGGAGUUCUUAUUUAAUGAAUCUACGUUAUCUAGCAAUCUCACUGAUCUAUCCACAGGCUGAUUUGCUUCUCUGGAACAACGCAUCACUGAGGAAAAAAAAAAAUCCAAUGACGACAAGCAGUGAUUGAUAUUGCCUGAAGGGGUGAAUGUGCUCCAGUUCUGCAUGCCCUGAGAAAUGUUGAGCAAUAUCAGAGAUCCAUUUGAUGACUACAGCGGAGUCUCCUUCCCAGCCAUAUUGGUUUGAAGCUAAGGUGGUGGCUGCCAUACUAAUAGCUCUCCUAAAUCCAGCAUGUAUUACCUCACCUUCAUAAUUUCUGAUAUUAUAGCCCAACCCCUGGAUUGAGUUCAUUCCAAGAAGCAUCAAAGUUUACCUAUGAAACCAAUCAUGGAUAAGGGUUUAAUAGAGCUUACCGAGCUGCCGGUAUCCCAGUUCUGUAGACCCCUGAUUUCCGCUGACUUCGACAUAUAGCUAAGUUAUUCCUCUGCAAGGUGAUGAGCUAGAUUGUAAGCUCUGGAGGGAUUGAAAUCUUUGUUUUGGAAUAGGUACUCAUUUUUGCAGUUCCAAAUUGCCCAAGCUUUGCAGGAUAUGAGUGUGCUAGGGAAUUCAUUAAUAAAGCAUUCAUCGCAUAAUCCAAUAGGCAACUGAAUGGAUGUAACUAAACAAAUAUUCUAGUAUUGGCAAAUGGCAAUGCAAUUCAAUCCCGUUCGAGCAGCAUGAGAACACUCAAAUAAACGGUGGUGGAUUUUCUCUGGAUGUACGGUACAAAGCACAAGUUGUGUUUUGAUCUGUAAUGAUCGAAAUACAACUUGUGAAAACUGCAGCAUAAUUGUCCGUAUUCUUGCAUUCCAAUGAUCUGAGGUGCACUUGGCCAACCAAUAAGAAUAUAUACGGAUUGGAUGGCCUCAAGAACUUUUAAUACUCCAAAGGAAUAUAAGAAUAAUUUGGAAGGACUUCUUUAUUUUUAUUUUUUCCUGUUUCUUUUUUAUUAGAGAGUGAAAGAAAGGUUUCUUUCUAUCAGUUAAUUGUACUAGAUAUUAUUUGGUAUAUAUAAAAUUGUCUAAUCUAACUUAACUAAAAUCAAUAAAUAAAUAAAUAGAAGAAAGGGAUCAAAUAAAUUGGAUGAACUUCUUGGUAAUUACAAAUUAUUGAUCUAAAAUUUCAGUAACUAUACCAAGUACAUAUGUAUUCAAAAAGUAAAAGUCGAUCCUAUUUUAUCCAUGCACAGGGAACAAUAUUUAGAUCUAAAAAAGUUGCACUUGGUAGUAUCAAAUGUCUGGACUCGGUCAAAUCAAUCGUUUGGCUUGUCAAAUUGAGGAAGAUUUGGAGGGACAAACCCUACAUCCAAACUAGCAAACAAGCGAAGCUUAGACCCAAUCCAUUCUCAAAGUUUAAGGACAUUGGUGCAAUAUGGUUGCAAGCUAAGAUCCAAACUCUAACCAAAUCAAAUAUGAUUUUUACUGGAUGAAACAUAGUUCAAUCAAACAUGAAGAUGACCUAGAAAAAUUGAUUCAACAACCCAACUCAAGCCCGUUCAAGCAUUCAAGUUUGAAAAUAAUUUGCCCAACCUAACCCAUAUGAUAAAUAGGUCGGGUUUAGUCCCAAUUCCCGAAGACAAAUUGAUGAAGCCAAGCAAACUAGAGUCUCAACCAUUGCAACCCUAAUCGGACCAAUGUCCCAGGAAAAAAAAAAAAACUGAAAGGAACACUCAAUCUCCCCCAUUACAAAGCAAGCACCAACCAUUCUUAACGUCGAAAGUGAAUAAAAUCAUAAAUUUAUCAAAUCGACUAACAUAAUCAUGAGACAGAAAUCACAAUCUCCAUCAAAUUCUCCUCACCAAAUGUAUCUUGUACAUAACAUGUGCAAAGAUCCAGUACACAGGCACUUUAAAGAUUGAAUCAGACGAAUUGGACGGUCCAGAUUCCAAGUCUCUUAAGAAUCAAACACCACCACUAACGAAACAGAGAAGCCCUGAACCAAAUCAAAGAACACAAGAAGAGGGGGGCACUAUGGCCAAUUCCCAUCCAACAGUAUAAACCGUUUCCCACCCGGACUCCAACUGCCUUUCCCCCCAUAUUCCUCCCCUCCCUCCGCUCCCCCCUAUAAAAAGCCCCCAGCUCUCACGGCAAUUCUCCAACAAGCCCGAGUGGAGAAGCUCGCGACCACCAGCAUCGGAGGCGGCCACCGCCUCCUCUUGGACAAGAAGCGGCGCCCUCCCCUCCGCCGGCGGCAGCCACUCCGACCUUCUCUUCCUCGCCGGGCGGUGGCUCCCUCAAUCCUUCUCUCCUCUGUUCUGUUUAUAUAUAUCCGUGUAUAGGUUAGAAAGAGAGAUGCUCACCAUCAAGAGGGUUCCGACGGUCCUCUCCAAUUACCAGGAGGAGGAUGCCGAGCCCCUCGGCUGCGGCCGCAACUGCCUCGGAAACUGCUGCUUGCCUGUCUCGAAACUUCCCCUUUAUGCCUUCAAGCGCGAUUCUACAUCGGCCAGUGGGUCUUCUUCCAACUCAGAGGAUCCUUCGCCAAACUUUUUUCUCCAAUCACUGGUGCUUCGUGAGUGGGAGGAUCGAAUGAGCCAGGGCCUGUUUCGAUACGAUGUGACAGCCUGCGAGACCAAGGUGAUCCCUGGAGAGCUUGGAUUUAUAGCUCAAUUGAAUGAGGGCAGGCACCUCAAGAAGCGGCCCACCGAGUUCCGGGUUGACCGUGUUCUCCAGCCCUUCGACUCCAACAAGUUCAACUUCACCAAGGUGGGGCAGGAGGAGGUGCUCUUCCGCUUUGAGGCAGGUGGUGAUACCAGGUCUCACUUUUUCGAAAGCGCCCCUGUCGGUGCUACCGAGCCUCCCAAUGUCGUCGCAAUCAAUGUGAGCCCUAUAGAGUAUGGCCAUGUGCUUCUGAUUCCCCGGGUGCUCGAAUGCCUGCCUCAGAGGAAUGAUCAUGAGAGCUUCUUGCUUGCUCUGAACAUGGCUGCAGAAGCAGGAAGCCCUUACUUCAGACUGGGCUACAACAGUUUGGGUGCUUUUGCCACCAUCAAUCACCUCCACUUCCAGGCUUAUUACUUGGCAAUGCCUUUUCCUGUAGAGAAGGCUCCGACACGAAGGAUACCAAUAAAAGGUCGGUCGGAGAGUGGUGUGAAGGUUUCAGAAUUGUUGAAUUAUCCUGUCAGAGGCCUGGUCUUUAAAGGCGGGAACACCUUAAAAGAUUUAUCUGAUGUAGUUGCUAGCUCCUGCAUAAGUCUUGAAGAAAAUAAUAUCCCAUUCAAUGUGCUUAUUUCUGAUUCUGGCAGGAGGAUCUUCCUCUUUCCACAGUGCUAUGCUGAGAAACAAGCCCUUGGUCAAGUGAGCCAGGAGCUAUUGGAUACUCAAGUGAACCCUGCUGUGUGGGAGAUCAGUGGGCACAUGGUGCUGAAACGAAAGAAAGACUUCGAAGAGGCAUCAGAGGCCUAUGCAUGGAGGCUCUUGUCUGAGGUGUCUCUCUCCGAGGAGAGGUUUCGAAAGGUGAAGGCUUACAUCUUUGAUGCCAUCAGUUUGGUGGAGUCUGAAGAGGAGAUAGAUGCAAACGAGAACAAGGGAACUCUUCUGCAGGCUUCCUUACUGGCUACUCAUUUUGACGAAAGGUGUCGGGUUCUUCAGUGAAGGAUAGAUAGGUUACUUCCAACGGAUAUAGUUAUUUAGUUUGUUUUAGCUGUGCCUUCUUUUUUGUAGCCUUUGAAGAGAUAAGGGGGAGUGAUAACAUGGCUCUGCACGGCAGCACUAUCUAAAUUUUUUUGAUAGGUGCUUUUGAUAUGUAGUUACUUGAGUCAAUCAAAAUCUUUGAAUCUUUAUAAGGAAAUAUUUGCUGUAUGUGGGUUUGACCCUAUUACAAUGAAUGUCUAGUUCUGCUCUCUUUCUCUCUC